AUGCUGAUGAGUCAGUAUGUGAACGCGUGGAUGGCGCAGAACCUGCCCAUGCCGCUGCGGUCCCUGUACCCUUUCAAGGGACCUUCGAGCGCCGUCGGAUGUGCGCGCCCUUCGGCAGCGGUCCACCCUCCCAAGCCGUUGCAGAAGCAGCAGCAGCAGGACCAGGAGCAGGAGCAGCUGCAGCAGGAGCAGCGGCAGCAGCAGCAGGAGCAGCCGCAACAGCAGCAGCAGCAGCAGCAGCAGCAGCCGCAGACAGACCAGCGGCAACUGGAGCUCACGAGCACCAGCAAGCCACAGCAGCAGCAGCACGCGCCUGUGGAGGAGCUGGAGCACCUGCUCGACGGCUAUGCGCCGUCUGCCGCCCAGCGAGCCGCGGCCGUCGCCUUUGCGUUGGCAGAGGCCGAGGCAUACGAAAGCGGCAAGAAGCGCAAGUGCUUUUUGCUGAUGGCCGCUUCAGAUGCGGUCAUCAAGGCCGGCGAGGGCCGGGUGUGCUUCAGGUGA